UCCAGCAUCACUUCUCAAUACAUUCUACCCUCAAAAAUAAAUAUGAAAAUAAUUUUAUUUAUAAUCAGCUUUACAUUACUUCUUCAUGAAGCAUCAUUGUCAGGUCCAGACACCAUCGUAAAACGCAAUGCUUAUGGCCCUCCACCGCCUCCACCGUAUGUGCCUCCACCGGUUAAAUAUGGCCCUCCACAACCGCCUCCAUACGUGCCUCCACCUUAUGUGCCACCAACACCAGCACCAACUACUCCAAAACCAUAUGUACCACCACCACCGGUAUAUGCUCCACCACCAGCUCCUCCAGCACCACCGGUUUAUGCUCCACCACCUUCACCACCAGCUCCUCCAACUUAUGCUCCACCGCCUCCUCCAUCUCCACCACCACCACCAGCAUAUGCUCCACCACCACCAAGGUAGUCUCGAAUCUAAUUUUCUCAAAAAUUCUUUUUCAGCUAUAAAGCGCCCCCAGCUGGUGAAUGGCAUUAUGUAGAGAAUCCUUGGAACAAGCCACAACCCCCAGCACCAACAACACCACCAAAAUACGCACCACCAGCUCCUCCUGCUUAUGGCCCUCCUCAACCACCACCUGCGCCACCUGCUCCUCCAGCAUAUGCUCCACCACCCCCACCUUCUCCACCACCACCGGUAUAUGCUCCACCACCAACACAACCUCCACCUGCCUACUAUCCUCCUCAGCCAUCAUAUAUUCCGAAACCUAGUUU